GGGAUCGGUUUGUGUUUGUCCUCCACGGCCUCCCUUGCUUGGCUGUGCUGGGAAAGGGUGGGAAGGUGAGGGAAUGGUGUAGCAGGGAAGAAGCUGUGAGAGCACCCCAGGGGAAUGUAAAACUUUAAGACUGACAUCUCCCACAAGACGCCGUGGCUGCGUUCCUAAAGACUUUAACACGUUACCUGGUUUCUCAUGGAAGCAGAUGGGUUUGUGAGGAGGCGUCGGAUGACAGCAGAGACUACAAGCAGUGAUCCCGGGGUUGCUGGUGCAUCUGCCGGUGCAGAAGUUCGAUGGCUGGGGGGCAGAUUCUGGGGCGUUUCGGAAAGUAUCGUGGGGAGCCUGACACCCCGGAUCGGAGGAGAAACUGAGCUACAGACUGUUGAGAUUAUCCGCGGUGCACAAGAUGCACAAGCAGAGGACUGUGAACCAGACUAUGAGGGUUUGCCACAGGGGGCUUCCACUAGCACCCACAUGUUGGCUGGAGCCGUGGCCGGGAUCAUGGAGCACUGCCUCAUGUUCCCCAUCGACUGUGUCAAGACACGAAUGCAGAGCCUCCAGCCCGACCCUGCAGCCCGCUACAGGAACGUGAUGGAUGCUCUUCGCCGAAUCGUAGCCACAGAGGGAGUCUUGCGGCCAAUGAGAGGGCUCAAUGCAACAGCAGUUGGGGCGGGACCUGCCCAUGCCCUCUAUUUUGCCUGCUAUGAGAAACUCAAAAAGACUCUAAGUGAUGUCAUUCACCCAGGGGCUAACAGUCAUUUGGCUAAUGGAACAGCUGGGUGUGUGGCCACGCUGCUUCAUGAUGCCGUCAUGAACCCAGCUGAAGUUGUGAAGCAGCGCAUGCAGAUGUAUAAUUCGCCGUACCGCGGCGUGUUGGACUGUGUACGUGCCGUUUGGCAGAAAGAGGGUCUUGCUGCUUUCUACCGCAGCUACACCACCCAGCUCACCAUGAACGUGCCCUUCCAGGCGCUCCACUUCAUGACCUACGAGUACCUUCAGGAGCUCCUCAACCCCCACAGACAGUACAAUCCCUCAUCCCACAUGUUGUCUGGAGCUUUGGCCGGUGCCAUUGCGGCUGCAGCCACCACACCUCUGGAUGUCUGCAAGACCCUGCUCAACACCCAGGAGUCUCAAGCCCUCAGCUCCUUGUCCUCUGGCCAAGGCCCCGGCAAAGUCCAAGGCCAAGGAGCCCACAGACACAUCUCAGGCCUGGCCCAUGCCUUCCGGACAGUUUACAGGCUCGGCGGCCUGCAGGGCUUCUUCAAGGGAGCCCAGGCGAGGGUCAUCUACCAGAUGCCCUCCACAGCCAUCAGCUGGUCAGUCUAUGAGUUCUUCAAGUACGGACUCACCAAGUACCAGCACAACAAGAGGAGAGCGCAGCACAUGGAGGCUUAGAUAUAGAUGUCUCCUUGGUUUAAUCUCUUCUAAUACUGCUCUGCCCCUCCUUUGGGGAGAACAUGAAUACGCACAUAGAAUCUGACUAAAAUCCACGUCAGCUGUCCUUUCCCCGUCAGACAUAGCAGAUAAGAAAGACAUCUUCAAAGACAGUUUGAGUAGUUAUAUUUCAGCUACACUAUUUCAAGACUAGCUAUGAUUUGACUUAUGUUGUUUCUCUCUUCUAGGAGAAGACAUUCACACAGAUAUAGAAGUAGUUAAUCUGGAGAUAUUUUUUUUGUAAGCAUUUUAGUGACCACAGCAUUCGUCCAAGCUGAGGAAAAAUAUGAAGAACUCACAAGUUUUGAGUUGGAGUCAGCAGAGGGCAGUAGUGUUACUUUUGUUAACUCUUGUAGUUUCAUAAGCUUUGCUGUCCUAGGAUCACGUUUUUAUUUUCACAGAUCCAAACAUUGAGUCUGCAAAUAAAACAUAUAACCUGAUUCAGAGCCCCUUUCUGGAUUUAUGAAUAAACUUUUUAAUAUCUCAUAACAACACAGACAUUCACUCAAAAAUAUUGUAUUGAUUUGAUAUAUUUUAAAAAUGUUUUGGCCUUUUAAAAUCAGAAAGCAAAUCACCCCCAAGCUGAGAAUAUUUUGUUCUAAUCUAUCUAACACAUUCAUCUCCUGGCACAGAUCAGUCCCUUUGUAGAAUUUAAUUGCCAAAUGGCAACUUAAAUAAUUGAGAACAAAAAUUAAGAAGUUUUUAUAUCCUGAUUAAUUGAACUGUAUAACUUGAAAUAUGGUCCAGUAGUUUUAUUAAUACAGUGAUAAUAGAUCAGAUUUGGGGCUCACUUUUUCUUUUGCAGUUGGCAGUUAACAGUUUAAAUUGGAUUUAUAUCUCCCCUUUUUUCAUUUGUCAUUGUUUAAAAAUGCUCCCGUUACGUAGCUGGACAGAAAAAUGCCAAUAUUCUAACUCUGAGGUAUCUGAACAGUGUGUUUAAUUUAUUUCUAAUAUUUUGGAUUCCUUGAAUAAUAUUUUAUUUUCAACAAAUAUAUUAAUUAAAAUUUCCCUUAUGUUUUUCCCCAUUUCUGAGUUUGAACCCUCUUGAACGCGCUGUAUGUGUUUGGCAAGAGCAGACCGGGCAGCAUUAAUUUGGCCAUCUCUGUGCAUUACCUGUUGCCAUCAACCUGUUUUAAGUCUGUGAACUACUGAGAUCAAUUAUCAGUGCUUGACAACAGAGGUUGUCUUUAAUGUAGCCUGCUCAAAACGUAAUGUCUUAACUCAAAAUGUCCAGGACUUCAGCAUCCCACACAAAUCUGUGCCCCCAGUGACUACACAGAAAUGGAAGCUGUCGUUCUUAUUGAUUGAUGUCUGAUUGUUUCCAGCACUGAAUUGCACUCGCUGAAUAAAGACUGAGCAGCUGGGCCCGACUCACUGCUCAUACAUGAUG